AAAACAUGGUUAUACUUGCUAUUGCAGCAGGAGAGACUGAUGUAAUAUGAGGAAGAGUAUGCUCAUCAACCCCGAGAAAUCAUUUCAUUUCCAAUUGGAAGUUACCUUUACAAAGGCAUAAUUAUAGUAGUAACAUAGUAUUAAACGUUGUACCAAGAGUUGGUACAACUCUUGUUCCAACCCUCAUAAUAGCGUCAAGGUAUAUUGCUGUCUUAAGGGAUAAAUCAAACUGAUUGCAGGUAUAUUGCACACAUUUGGAUUUCAACAGCAAAAUUGAUGCUUCAUUUUUUCACAAUACUUAGCCAGGAGCUGAUUUCCAAGGGCUUGUAACUUACUCCUAGAAAUUUAAAAGGGGCAUGUAACUUGAUGUAUGGUAUCUAGCCUCAGAAUAUAGUCCUUUGCUUAAUUCUUCAUCUCUGGCAUUUUAGAUUUUUGUUAGGCCAGUGUUCAGAUUUGAGCGUGGAAUUUCCUAUACCCUUUAAGUUAAAAUAUUUCUGGUUUGACUGCUUUGCUUAUCAAAUAAAGAUUAAUGUGCCUUUGAAGAACUGUAUUUCCCUUUUCUAAGUUGUAUAUAUCAAGUUUGGUUCUGCUAAUGUAUAAUUAAUGAAGAAAAAUGAGAAUUGCCAAAGAAGGUGAGGAACACGUAAUAAGCUUUCAGAAAUGGAUUGAUCUUUGGGUGAGAGAAGGUUGAUUUCCUUGAUCCUUUUCCUGAGACAGACUGAUUUGAACUUGGGGUUUUCACUAGUCUUUCAGCGGGGGGGCAGUUCAUAGGUUGCUUUUCCUGACUGCUAACUCAUUGAUUUGUAAGUUCAUUAACAGUGUGUGUACGGUAAGAGAAGAAAACCAUAGGAUAAUAAAUGGAAGUGGUUGCCUAAAUGGAGUGAGUGCAACUAGCACUAAUUCUUUGGGUGAUUUUUUUCCAUUUCACAUGCAUCUAAUGAGACAGUUUCUGAGCAAUGGAAGGUGUUAUAAAGCUGUAAUAGGUUUGUAGUUUUUCGUAGGAACUUUUGGAGUCUUUUGGAAUGGGCACUAUUUUCCAGUUACAGCAGAGUAGAUUUUGGCCUAAGAACAAGCAAUAUGGCAAUUAGGCUUUUUAUUUACUGGGGUGGACUUUUAGCCUGUCACGUAGAUACUUCUUGUCUACUGGGGUGUGUGUGUCUGUCUGGCUGCUGGAGCUGGAUUCAGGCAGAACAUGCUUCAGCUGUAGCUUCUCCCUCCCUUCCUUUCGCAGGAAAGCACAUCAUGCUAUACGUGCAUUGUGUUCUACACAAGUCAGAGGUAUGGUGGACUUCUACAGGUUCAUGUUUACAAUCUGUCUUUCCCACAGUGAGUUGACCAGCCAGUCUGUUUGUCAUUCUCUUUCUCUUCUGUAUCCUCCCAGUGACCUUAUCUGGGGUGCAUGUGUGUAAUCUUUGGAUUUGUACUGGUCAAGCGGUUUGAAAAAAUGUGCGAGGACCUUGAUUUUUAUGUGUUUUGGUAGUCUAUAAAAUAGAUUUAUGGGAUGAAAAUCAAAUCUCUCAUAUGAAUCUCCAAACCCUUGUUAUCUUUUACCUUCUGCCAACUGCAGUGCUGAGAACCAGAUUUUCUGAAGGGUGCAUGGUUUUUCUUUAUCUUUAAGAGGUUUUUUAAAACUUCUUCCUUUUUAAAUGUCUGCCCUGUGCAGUGACAAAAGGGUUAUUUUUGUAACUAGGAGGGCUGGAAAAUUAUAUAAAGAGGGGAAAAAAACAUGAAAACUCAACAAACUCAAAUUUUGUGCUGAGAAUACCUCCUGUGUCUGUUAGAAACUCUCAGCUGUGAGCAGUUACAAACAUUGUAUCUGUGAGAUGAGUUUCUUCUCCUUUACCCGUUCUUUUACCUCUCUGCAGUUCAGUAUGGCUGAGGUUGUUAGCUUCCCUUCCAAAACAAUCUGCUGCAGAUAAAAACUAAAAAAAAAAAAAAAAAUGGGGGAAGGGGGUGGAGAAGAGAAAGAAGAGCUUGCUAGAUUUUUUUUUUAAAUUACAUAACCCUGCCUCUCACUGUAUUUAGGAGUGUAUCUCUGCCUUUCAGCCACAGUAGGUGUAACAUACCAUCUUUUAAAUUACUGGUGAAGGAGAUUUUGCACUAAGAUGUUGGGUUGUGCAGUGUAGCAUUGAGGCAUGGACACAUUUUCUUCUUUUUCCCCCUUCUGUGAGUAGUGACUUCAGAGAGGACAGACGUGUGUCUGGAAAUGGUAUCAUCCCAAACCACUGCAGCAAAGUCUCUAGAUGGCCAACUGCCAGGGUGUUUAGUUGGUGCUUAAUAUGGACUGUCUCCCAAGGAGACCAGAUAAUUUUUUAAAUUACCUGCACAGUUUCAGGUUUAAAGACGUUCUGAGAUUGUGUUACAAAGCCAUAACUGUGAUUCAAGCACUUGUGAUGCUGUUUCAAUAAAUAGCCUGAGUAAUAUUUCUGUGCUUCAGGUUCAAGUCAGUGGCAGAUUUCUGUCAGGGAUUUCAGCAAGGUCAGCCUUUUCUCCACCAUUCCUUGAUCACUUUAAUUUCACUGUUGUACUUUUGUCCAGCAAAACUAAUUAAGACUAAAAAGAUCUAAAUCUGCUUUGAAAGCAGAGGAUGUUUUUCUUUAAAACUUGAAAAUAAUUAUGAAAUUGUGUUUAAUUAUAUCCCCAUUAUUUGAAGGUGUGUAAUGUUGAUACCUAAUAUCUUACAUUUUUUAUUUCCCUGCUUUUGUUUCUAAGUGGCUAUACUUGCAUGGGUUUUUUAAUACUUUUGACCUACCGUUAAGGAAAUCUGAUCUAAAUUUAAGUUCUAAGUAAACUAAUGCCUGAAAACUAGUCAUCUUUCCUAUUUAAAUGGUUUGGUUGGCAUAGUUUAUAUCCUGUUUAUUUCAGGAAGUAUUUGUGAAUAAAAUCAGUGUGUUUGCAUCUCAAGGAGUGAUUUCUGCCUGAGACUGUUGUAAAUCAUUCAGACUUUUUCAUUUAAUGCUUUGAAAUAUUGAUUAAGUAUAUUCACUCUGAUUGCUUUAAUCUGAUUGCACAUCUAGAAGUUUUCUUCUGAUGUGGUGCUACCAUGUCUGGUGUAAGCUGGCUUAAUUAGCACUGCUUAGUGAUUUGGAACCCCUGUCAAAGGCUAUUACAUUAUCUAGAAACACAAGGAGUUAAAGCUAAAGCUGUGACCUCAUCUCUAUUCAUGUUACACUGGAGUAGAAGCCGAGCUGAAAGGGAUUGUUUAACUGCAUCGCUGUCUUUGCUGCUGCUAGUUGAUUGCUUUAAUUUGUUUCUGGUAUCUACAGUGUGCUUUUGCUGAACAACUGUUACGGUAGGGAUUUGUGGGAAUACUCGAGGCAGAUGAAGUCAUGCGAAUACCGACUGCGUGUGGAAAUAGCUCCCACGGAAAUAUUUAGGCUCAAAUACGUCUUUCUACUCGAUUGCAACUUUUUAUUGCUUCCCCGGUGAAAAUUCAAGCAGCAUCAAGGAGAGCUAAAACACACAUGCUUCUGGCCAGUCGUGUGCUUACGCAACUGUGCAUGCCAUUUAUUACUUUAUUACUUAGCUCUGCGUAUGGAAUGAGGAGUGUGACUGCUGUCGCUUUAAUGUCAGAGCGGCGUACGUUACAAUAGGUGUCACUGUGCGGCUGAGUCCAAUCGUUAUCGGUGACUUCAGCUAUUGGCUCCGAACGCCGGCUGACUCCAUCUGCAGGGCUGCAAUACCUACUCAGUUCCCUUCCCUUCAACGCACAAGUUCAGCUUGCGGAGCAGGCGAGCAGGGCUACCGAGCGCAUCUUGCUAGCCCCCUUCAGAAAGCCGGUGCUGCAGCCACACACGUACCCUCUUCGCAGGCUGCAGUGCUUUCUGGCAAUUCCUUAUCGGGAAAUCGGGAAAGAAAUAAAACUGGCAGGAAUGAUGGGGAUGUUUUUAACGAUUCAAGUACUGGAUCAAACUUAAAGCCAGUUUCUUACUCGGUGCACUGGAAAGGUCACCUUGCCUUGCUGGAAAAGAAGCAAACUCUGAGCUCUGCUGCUCUGUUAACAGCUUCCACGUGCAUUUCUUAAUGUUCCUAGCGAGUUAGGCUAUCUAGCUUUACAGACAAGUAUACUCAUGGUAGAUGAGAAAGGAAAGAACAUGAAAUGUCUCACCUUCUUCUUGAUGCUUCCAGAGACGGUCAAGAACAGGUCCAAGAAGAGCUCUAAGAAGGGGAAUAACAGCAGCAGUAGCAACAGCAAAUUGCCUCCAGUUUGCUAUGAAAUCAUUACCUUGAAGACCAAAAAGAAGAAGAAGAUGGCUGCUGAUAUUUUUCCCCGAAAGAAACCAGCCAACACUAAUACAACUGCUGUCCAGCAGUACCACCAGCAAAAUCUCAACAACAACAACACUAUUCCGGCACCUAAUUGGCAAGGACUUUAUCCAACCAUCAGAGAGAGAAAUGCAGUGAUGUUCAACAAUGACUUGAUGGCGGAUGUUCAUUUUGUGGUCGGGCCACCAGGUGGGACCCAGCGGCUGCCAGGACACAAAUAUGUCCUGGCUGUUGGGAGCUCUGUAUUCCACGCGAUGUUUUACGGAGAGCUUGCUGAGGACAAAGAUGAAAUCCGUAUACCAGAUGUUGAGCCUGCUGCUUUUCUCGCAAUGCUGAAAUACAUAUAUUGCGAUGAAAUUGAUUUGGCUGCAGAUACCGUACUGGCCACUCUUUAUGCUGCCAAGAAGUAUAUUGUCCCUCAUCUUGCCCGCGCCUGCGUCAACUUUCUAGAGACAAGCCUAAGCGCAAAGAAUGCCUGUGUGCUGCUUUCCCAGAGCUGCUUAUUUGAGGAACCUGACCUGACCCAGCGCUGUUGGGAAGUGAUUGAUGCCCAAGCUGAGCUAGCUUUGAAGUCUGAGGGAUUCUGUGACAUUGAUUUUCAGACACUUGAAAGCAUUCUCCGAAGGGAGACUCUGAAUGCCAAAGAAAUUGUUGUUUUCGAAGCAGCUCUGAACUGGGCCGAAGUGGAAUGUCAGCGACAAGAGCUAACAGCUACCAUAGAGAACAAGCGCAAAGUCCUCGGGAAGGCUCUGUACUUGAUACGCAUCCCUACCAUGGCACUCGACGACUUCGCAAAUGGUGCUGCUCAGUCUGGGAUUCUGACUCUGAACGAAACCAAUGAUAUCUUCCUCUGGUAUACAGCUGCCAAAAAGCCAGAGUUACAGUUUGUAAGCAAGCCCCGGAAAGGGCUCGUUCCUCAGCGAUGCCACCGUUUCCAGUCCUGUGCUUACCGCAGCAACCAGUGGCGCUACAGGGGCCGCUGUGACAGCAUCCAGUUUGCUGUUGAUAAGAGAGUGUUUAUUGCUGGCUUUGGGCUGUACGGCUCCAGCUGUGGAUCAGCAGAGUACAGUGCCAAGAUUGAACUCAAACGACAAGGAGUUAUCUUAGGCCAGAACUUGAGUAAAUAUUUCUCAGAUGGUUCUAGUAACACUUUUCCUGUGUGGUUUGAAUAUCCGGUGCAGAUUGAGCCCGACACCUUCUACACAGCUAGUGUGAUUCUGGAUGGUAACGAACUCAGCUAUUUUGGACAAGAAGGAAUGACAGAAGUUCAGUGUGGGAAGGUGACUGUUCAGUUUCAGUGCUCUUCGGACAGUACAAAUGGCACUGGGGUACAGGGAGGGCAAAUUCCUGAACUCAUAUUUUAUGCUUGAAUAGAAGUGUGUGGAGAUGAAGCGUUUUGCUAUGAAGAACCUGUCUGGCUCAGGCCUACUGCCGCUUAGCUUUUUAUCUACAGAUAUGUGACCAGUACAGGUAAUAUGUAACUAAAUGCUGUGGGCAAGUUACUGGCUUGCUGUACUUGUAGCAUCGUUGGUGAUAAAGUUUAAGUGUAAUGUUUAAACUGGAAGCUCUUAGGAACAAGCAAGUUUUACAGGCUUUGUUAAAGGGGUGCCUGUUUGCUGGUGGUGCUGACCCUUUCUUUGAUGCACCUGUGAAUCACCAGAGGAUGUCCCCUCUUCUUGUCUGAUGCUGUCUUCAUUUUCUCCAUUUCUUGCUUUCUGCUUGUAGUUAUUUGGGGAGGUAGGGGUAGAAAACGAAGAGCCUUAUUUUAUAGCUGUGUCUUCUGUGUGUUCUUCAGACUUAAGAGAUUACAGUAAACUGAGCUGCUUUUGAUAAUGGGGGCUGAAAGAAGUGUUUCAGAUGUAAGCAGAAAAAGCAUGGGUUUAAGCCUUCAUCCUGUGAGAUUCUCCUGUGGCCAGCUGUUGGGGAUAGCUACAGGGGAAGAUGGAGAGAAGGAAGCAGCUUUCAGGAAGCUAUACAGCGUGCUGACCAUGUCCCCAGUGCGUGGACAUGUUCACAGUGAGGAGGGGAUAUGGGCUUGGCAGGUUACCCUCAGAGGUCUAUUUCCUAGGAAUCCCACCAUGAAGGCAAGAAAGUACUUACACAUGUUCCAUUUGUAUACACAGCUCUUGAAACUCUACUCCCGUGACCUAGUUUUUGCUACAUUGAAGUUCAUUUGCUAUUUAAAUGGCUUUUCUUUGAACCCUUGCUAAAUAAGUGGGAAUUAGUACCUGUCAUCCAAUGCAGGAUAUUUUUUCGUUUGUUUUGGGUGGGUUUUUUUUUUUCUUCCUCCUAAACAUGGUAGAGGCAGAUUAUAGAGGAACAAAGGAACGUACCAAUCCUGACUUGGGCUUUUUCCUGUAGUACGAGAUUUCUUCUUUUAUUACCAUACAUUAUCAGUGGAAGUUUAGACAAAGACACAAGAUUCCCAACUGUGGUCAUAUUACACUUGGUGUAUAUCAUCAGAUGAUAAUGAGGAGGAGGAAGUCUUCUCUAAUGUAUUAAUGUUGGAUCUCUUGAACUGCUUAUGAUUACACAUCACUCAGAGGAUUUUGUGGUACAGACCUUUUCCUUGUCUAAUUUUUUUUCCCAAACUUCCUGUUAUAUGUCAGUAUCAUUUUUGGAAAACCGUUAGGGAUCAUAACUCCUUUUAUCAGGGAAGGAAACCAGUAUAAGAAAGAAAUACAGGUACUAUUUGAACAUAAGAAAAUCCUUCACUAUUGCAUUGGGACAGUUGCUUCUCAGAGACACACUACCUAUUGUAAAGCAUCUUAUUCUUAUUCCACCUGUGAAGUGGGUUCUGUUUGUUGCAUAUGUUUUACGGAAAUGAGAGGACCAAAUGAUUCUUUAGGCAGACUGAAGAUUAAUGUUACGGUAUAUCAGCACAUUAAUGUAGCACAACCCUGAAUUCACUUGUCAGUUUUGUAAUAAAAAUGUUUUUGCCAUAUGAUUUCUUACCAGUUUAAUACUAUUACUCUAAGUGUUUCUUGACGGUUGGAAUCUUGGCAUCUGGCCAUUGUAAAGUGCCAAUACAUCUUUACAGUGUCCAAAGUACCAUCUGAAGUAAGUAAAACUGGAGUGUAGACAUCAAACAGUAUAUGGCCAAAACCCAGAUCUCUCUAGGUAAUAAAAGGAGAGCCGGGUAAAAGACUGCCCCUGCAAGAUCAAUGCUUUUCACCCAUCUUAGUGUUUAACAUUCUGUAUACAUACAUACAUACGUGUGUGUGUGUAAGCAGUGUUCUGUCUGAAAUGUAAAUACCCUCAAAAUAUGUAGAAAUAUGUUUUGAUUUUUUUCUAACAGAUAUACAUAAUCCAACUGUUAGUGAAAUCUAAGCAGAAUGCUCCAUGGAAAACUCCCAAAGAGUGAUUUAAAGAACCUGCAGUUAAUUAUAUUUAGAUCUCCAGCCUAAAAUAGACAAGAGUAUAAAUUGUAUGGACUGGAGGAAGAGUUGCUGAAGAGACUGCAAAAAGGAAUCUAAGAUGGUGAUGAGGUAAUGGUCAUCUACUUUUAGACAGCUGAGCAGCAGUUCUAUUUAUUUAAAUACAUUUGAAAGCAGAGAAAGAUGCUAAUCAGCUGAUUAAGUUUUCUUACAGCAAGCAGUUGAUGUAGAUGUAAUUACUCUUGAGUGAUGAUCAGAUUGACAAGUUGCUUGCAGUAGCAAGCUGCAUUCUGAGUUGUUUGGAAAAAAAUCAGGUGUGUCAGCUGGUGGGACAGAUCAUUACUGCAUUGGUAUAACUAGACUUGGGUUCUCACUUUAUUUUUUUUAUUUUUAUUUAUCUGCAAAUAAUGAUGAGGUAUCUACUACAUUCAGUGGCUAGAAAGGAAGUUAGGAGAUCAUAAUACUGUGUAGUUGUAAUAUGUAGAAAAUGAGCUGUUACUUAAUUAUUGUUUUUAUUUGCUACUUUUAUGAAAUCUUCUUGACGAGGUAGGAUGAAAGCAACCUAAUUCCUCUGAGUCCAUUCCACGCUUUACAAGCUGGUGCAUGUAAAGUUUUUCAGUAUGGAUGAACAAACGUAAGCACCCCAAAACACAUUUUGAUGCUGACAGUGCGACUUCAGUCUCAGCACAGCUUGAUGCUAACCGGUAUUGGUGUGUGAGAAGGUGGCAAGGAUCAGUCACCUUAGGACAUCAGGGCACUUAAAUAGGUGUCUAAAUGUCGACUUGGUUGGUUUAGCAGUAGCAUCCAAGCUGGAAUACAUUGAUUGAAGUUUUGCAAGCAUCAGCCAUAUCAACCUGGAAUGUAAGCAUAAUGUCAAUAGAGAUCCGUUCAUAGAUUCUGUCUUAAACUGUACCUGGCCAUCCUUGCUACUUGUAUUUUGAUUUUCCUGGUGGGGAGAAUAUGUGAUAAGAGAGUAUAAUGUAAUAUACUUUCUGCAUAUCUAAAAUAGUAUUUAAGUAAACAUUUUAAUUUCUACAUACAUAUUGCACUGAACUGGUUUGGGAUUUUUUUUUUUAAUUUGUUGUGACAAACAGCUAACUUCAGGUCCCAGCACCCAUUUGUGCUGGAGCAGUGUUUGACCUUAGCAGGCUUACAGCAUUAUUUAUAAAGGACAGAUAUAUAUAAAUAUGAAGUACCUCAUGUUGAAUGUUAUUGUACUGUAUCUUUAAUGUCACAGUGCAGAUCUUGUUGGACUCAUGAAUGUGUAUAAUCACAUUAAACAUACAAAUAAAAAUGGUUCUUAAAUGGUU